CGGCCACUGACCUGCACGGAGACACGGCGAGGUGACCGGCAGGUUGUGCGCAGCCUCGGCGAUGACACCGUCCACGUGAGCGCAGCCAGGCACGAUGCCACCUUCGGGUUCAGCGCCGUGUUCGAUGCUGGGGCCUCACAGGAGGCCGUGUUCGAAGGCAGUGGGAUGAGGCAGCUGGUGGAGCUGGCGAUAGACGGCUUCUCCUGCACCGUCUUUGCCUUCGGGCAGACCGGCUCGGGGAAGACCUACACCCUGAUGGGACCCCUCGCCCAGAGCGAGACCCAGCCGGCAUCCCCGGCUCUGCUGGGGCUGAUGCAGAGGUCCUUCGCCUGCCUCCUGGAGCAGAGCCGGAGCCGCGGCUCUGACCUGGCUCUCAGUGCCUCCUACCUGGAGAUUUACAACGAGCAGGUCCGGGACCUGCUAAGCCCCGGGCCACCAUGCACCCUGCCCCUGCGGUGGAGCAAAACCCGUGGCUUCUACGUGGAGAACCAGCUCAGCGUGGACUUCGAGAGCCUGGAUGCCAUCGCCAACCUGCUCCUGCAAGGAUCCCAGAGGCGACGGACCUCGGCGCACGCCCUCAACAGGCACUCGAGCCGCAGCCACGCUCUUCUGACCAUCCACAUCCGCAGCCGGGCCCCCAGUGCCUGCCCCAGCAAGCAGGGCACGCUGUGCUUUGUGGACCUGGCCGGCAGCGAGCGGGUGAAGGAGACCGGCUCCAGCGGGGAGCUCUCCGUGGAGGCCAACAACAUCAACCGCAGCCUCCUGGCACUGGGACACUGCAUUUCUCUGUUGGCCAAACCCCGAGGGAAGCGGACGCACAUCCCCUACCGAGACAGCAAGCUCACCCGGCUGCUGGCCCGCUCCCUGGGUGGCUCGGGCGUCACCCUGAUGGUUGCCUGCAUCUCCCCGUCCUCGCGCUGCCUCUCGGAGACGCUGAGCACGCUGCACUACGCCAGCCGGGCCCGGAGGGUCACCACCAGGCCCCUGGUCAACAGGGUGUCCCGGGAGAAGCUGCUGCAAACCUUGAAGGAAGAAAUCCACGCCCUGCAACUGGAAAACCUCUCCCUGCGCCAGCAGCUGUGCCUGCCCAGGGUGCCAGUGAGGACCACAGAGGUCCCGGCGACGCCCCCGAGGGCUGGGGCAUGGCUGGGCUGGGGAGGCAGGUACGGCCCCACAGGGCUACGUUGCUCCCCACUCGAAGGGCAGCUCCCGUCGGAGGGAGCCCCAGCCUGGCCCAGCCUCUACGGCCUCCUACGGGACUUUGUGGUGGAGAACGAGCAGCUGAGGUACAGGGGGGGACACGUGCAGGAUCCAGGACUCCCUGGGGCUGGGCAGGGCUCAGAAGUUCACCCUGCCCUGCUCCCCAGGCAGCCCCGGCUGUCCCCAGACCCAAGCGGUGACAUCCCAGCUGGCCCAUCCUGCAGAGCCACCCGCAGCUCCUGUGACAGCCAGCCUCCGCUCCAGAGUGCCCACACCCCCCGUGUCCCCCCAGGCCACCCUGCGAGGCUCCGGCAGCCUGACACAACACCCGGCUCUGGCCCCCGGCUGUUGAAGCUGCCUCCCACCUCCGGCCGCCCCGGCUGCCCCCAGUGCUGCCCCGGGCUGGCCGAUGCCAUCGUGUCCCAGGUGCUGCCAGGGCCCCCUGCACCGCAGCCGGUCCCCCCCGACGGAAGCGUUGGUGUCCUGCCACCCAGCCAGGAGGACAUGGCUCUGCCCGGCUCCCAUCAGCUCCCUGGGCACCCCCAGCCGCACCAGGGGAAGCGGAGCCGGGGCAGGAGCUCCUCUCAGCGGCACCCAGUCCGCCGAGAGCUGCCAGGCUCCAAGCGCUGUCCUAGCCCCGAGGGAAGGGUCAUCCCCUCGGCACCGCCUUGGCCAGGAUUGCCGGAGCCAAGAGCCGCCGGCACCGUCCCUCUCCUCCAGUGGGAAGAGGCACCGGACUGGCUGGUGGAGCAGAUCUGAGUAGCAGCAGCCACACCGGGGACGGGGCCAGCUGGGGAUCUGGCACAGCCCACGCACAGUUAUUAUACCUGUGGGGACAACCA